AUGCCUACAAACGCUGAUUCGAGUAAGGACCAGAGUCGCCAUGGCUUUCUUUCGAAAAUGCUACCGUUAUCGCAGUCGUGGUACUAUUGGGCAAUGGUCGCACUUCUUAUAGCACAGGCAAUUUUGUCCGUGAACUAUCACAUUUUGGUCUGCAAUAUGCCGAUAGCGAACACUCUCCUCUUACUAGUCAUCAUGGCACAUCAUGGAUACGUCCUCGGUGAUCAAGCUCGUCCACUUUUCCAUAGGAUCUGCGGAUGUGUUGCGUUUAUCGCGGUAUUAUUCGUUAACACUACUCAUGCGCUUGAACUUCUUACUGACUACUCCGAUGGACAUUCUCAUUCACACGGCGCAGAAGAACAUGACGACCAUGACUCGGAAGGAAAUGGCUUCGGAUUUGUUCCAAAGCAGUAUGUCAUUGUCAGUAUCUUCGAUGUUGCGCUGAAAUGUCUUGUCUUGGCUCUGGGUCAUAUCCCAUCCAUGGGACUUCAUCCAAUACCACGUCUAAUUCUUCACACAUUAAGCCCAACUAUUGUAAUAGGUAUGUACGUUGCUGGCUUGGCCAUUCCUCCCUGGCUAGGCGAAUCCUGGUUCUGGAAGCAUGUAGAUCCAGUAGUUGCAGUCAUAACGACCAUUUUGUUCUUUUUCCUCAUCAUUCCUGCAUUCAAAGAAAUGAUGCCUUACAUAUUUGCCGAUACACCAGCGAAAUUUCAUGUGGAAUCGUUUCAGAACGAGAUUUCGACGACGUUUCCUGAUGUCACUUGCACUCACAUACAUGCGUAUAGGCUUUGGCCUGGCAACCUCUUCGAAGCGUUGAUUCACUUGAGCUUCUUGGUAGACAAAUCUAAAUCAGGCUGGUCAGAAGAGGCUUCGACACGCUAUUCUGAAGUUAGUCAGAACGUUACAAGCGUGCUAACAAGAGCUGGCGCUCAGAAGGUUGUCGUCGAGCCGUCCUUCCUUGAUGCCACUGAAAUAGGACGUCCAUGGAUUGGUUGUGUUGGCACGACAUGCUUCCGACAAAAUCGUGGAUGCUGUAAAAUGGAUGACGGUCGAGCUACUGUCUAA